GUGGAGAUGUCUCGGACGAGCCCUUUUGCCUCCUGGCUUUGUGCUAUGCUGCACUGCUUUGGAAGUUACAUACUUGCUGAUCUGUUACUUGGAGAAUCUCCUCUUGAUUACUUCAGUAAUAACUCGAGUGUUAUCCUGGCCACAGCAGUCUGGUAUUUGAUAUUCUUCUGUCCCAUGAACCUCUUCUACAAGUGCGUUAGCUUUCUGCCGAUGAAGCUCAUCUUUGUGGCAAUGAAGGAGGUGGUCAGAGUUCGCAAAAUUGCAGCUGGGGUCCACCACGCUCAUCACCGUUACCACCACGGGUGGUUCGUUAUGAUGGCGACCGGAUGGGUCAAAGGUUCUGGUGUUGCCUUGAUGUCUAAUUUUGAGCAACUGCUGCGUGGGGUCUGGAAGCCAGAAACAAACGAAAUUCUUCAUAUGUCCUUCCCUACAAAGGCCAGUCUGUACGGCACAGUCCUCUUCACUCUGCAACAAACUCACUGGCUCCCCAUCUCUGAAGCUAACCUCAUCUUCUUUUUCACCAUGUUCAUGAUCGUUUGCAAGGUUUUCAUGACGGCAACUCACUCUCACGCCUCACCUUUUGCUCCGGUGGAAAACUUCAUCUGCCCAGUUUUCUUUGGCUCUGUUUCCAGUGGACACACCAGUCACCACCACGAUCAUCAUGGGGCCUCCCAUGAGGUCUCCCACCCGCCGCCUCCUCCUGCAAAGUCAAAAGAGGAGCUAAAUGAAGGCUCAAGGAAAAGGAAAGCAAAAAAAGCUGAAUAAAAAAGCAACGACACGGUAAAUAGGCCAAGGAUAUUCUUCCAGAGCUGAGUCUCGUAGCCACCUGUGACCUCCUUUACCCUCCAGUCCUUCUCUCGCACACUCCAGAGGAGAGGUGGAAGCCAGGACACUGCCAGGCGGUCCCUGAUUUCAUUUGUGCUCUCUGUGCAGCUGCUUGCUUCUUGGUCUCAGUCUCUCUAUUCUGAUUGUAUUUUCAGGG